GACCGUAUUUAAAUCGCGAGUUCCGAGUUGUCGGACUUGUAUUAGUCCAAGUGCCGCUGGUCACGACUGUUCGUACGUCUCAUUGGUAUCGAUAUGGCGAAAUGCUUCCUGAUAUUGUCCGCCCUGCUGUCGGUGUCAGUGGCUCGACCAUCGGUUCUGCAAGUGAAUCCGCUUGCGAACCUGCAAGCUCGUGCUUCGGCAAGUGCCUCCUCGUCGUUGCCGCAACAGCUGACUCUGCUGCGAUUGUUGCCGAACAACGUCCCUCUGGACCCGGAUAGUCGAGCCUUUGAAGCGCUCGAGGACAACAGCGAGCAGGAAGCCACGGGUCAUCGCGUCCAAGCGAAUCUGGCAAGGGACGGCUCGAGAAACAUCCUGUCUUGGUCGCCACUACUCUCGGCCUCCUCGAGCGCGUCGGCUUCGUCGUCCCUCUCUGACGGCCGCAUUUUCGACUCCCUCGAGCCUAGCUUGAACCAACCUGCUCAGCGUGACGAACAAUUGAGAUCCUCUGGCCACUCUGCCCAAUCCCAAUCGCAGCAGCAUGUGAGCGGAGGCCCGGGCUCCCUGCUCUCGGCAACCAGACUCUCGCAGUCGCUUGCGAGCCUGAGCCCCACAGGCGCCUCCAGCAGCUCCAGCGUCCAGGUUCUCGAGUCUCCCGAGCUGAGCGCCGCCCGAGCUGCGCUCCAACACCAGCAGGCCGUACUUUGGCCUCGCGACUCCAGUGCUGGUCGCUUGCCCCUGAUCAUCGGCAAUGAUGGAGAAAUCGUCACUGCUCCGCUGAUUCUGUUGUAAAAUACUGAAAGCAAAAAUCGACCUAUUUCUUUUUUUUUCUUCGUAGUUGGUUUAGCACGUAGAGAUAUCGCUAAUGCGCUAUGUAGUCGAUAAUACAUUGGGAUACUCCAUUCUUAAGGAUA